GAGUGAGGGCAGAGCCAAGGAUUAAAUGGUGGAAUUUGAAAAAGGAAGACUGCAAGGUUCAGUUUAGGGAGGAGGUGAGACAGGCACUGGGUGGCAGUGAAGAGUUAGACAGCUGAGAAAAUACAGCAGAUGUAGUAAGGGUGACAGCAAGAAUGGUGUUUGGCAUGAUAUAUGGAAAAAGGAAGGAGGAAAAGGAAACCUGGUGAUGGAAUGAGGAAAUACAGGAGAGUAUACAGAGGAAGAGGAUGGCAAAAAAGAAGAGGGAUAGUCAGAGAGAUGCAGAAAGUAGACAAGAGUACCAGGAGAUAAAGCGCAAGGUGAAGAGAGAGGUGGUGAAGGCUAAAGAAAAGGCAUAUGAUGAGUUAUAUGAGAGGUUGGACACUAAGGAGGGAGAAAAGGACCUGUACCGAUUGGCUAGACAGAGGGACCGAGCUGGGAAAGAUGUGCAGCAGGUUAGGGUGAUAAAGGAUAAAGAUGGAAACGUACUCACAAGUGAGGAGAGUGUGUUGAGCAGAUGGAAAUUGUACUUUGAGAGGCUGAUGAAUGAAGAGAACAAGAGAGAGAAGAGGUUGGAUGAUGUGGAGAUAGAGAAUCAGGAAGUGCAACAGAUUAGCAAGGAGGAAGUAAGGACAGCUAUGAAGAGGAUGAAGAAUGGAAAGGCCCGUUGGUCCAGAUGACAUACCUAUGGAAGCAUGGAGGUGUUUAGGAGAGAUGGCAGUGGAGUUUUUAACCAGAUUGUUUAAUGGAAUCUUGGAAAGUGAGAGGAUGCCUGAGGAGUGGAGAAGACGUGUACUGGUGCCGAUAUUUAAGAAUAAGGGGGAUGUGCAGGACUGUAGUAACUACAGGGGGAUAGAAUUGAUGAGCCACAGCAUGAAGUUAUAGGAAAGAGUAGUGGAAGCUAGGUUAAGAAGUUAGGUGAUGAUUAGUGAGCAGCAGUAUGGUUUUAUGCCAAGAAAGAGCAUCACAGAUGCAAUGUUUGCUCUGAGGAUGUUGAUGGAGAAGUUUAGGGAAGGCCAGAAGGAGUUGCAUUGCAUCUUUGUGGACCUGGAGAAAGCAUAUGACAAGGUGCAUCGAGAGGAGCUGUGGUAUUGUAUGAGGAAGUCCAGAGUGGCAGAGAAAUACGUAAGAGUUGUACAGAAUAUGUACGAGGAAAGUGUGACAGUGGUGAGGUCUGCGGUAGGAGUGACAGAUGCAUUCAAAGUGGAGGUGG